CGCUGUACCACAAAGACUAGGACUCCGUUCUUCUUCUGACUGGCGGUGCAGUAAUGAUAGUAGUGACAGGCUUGAAUGUACAUUAGUCUGUUUGUUUUGAAGCGUUGGUUUGGUCACUAACUGGAAAGGUCGGGCCAUGACCCCAAGGGAGCAGCUGAGGAAGAUGUCAGCGAUGGGGGAGCAGGGGGCUCUGGAUGAGAAACACUGGUACCGCCUGGUCAAUGGCAUGUCUGCUAGAGAGCUAUGUCAGAGGCAGGAGAUGAUGAUGAGGAACCAGAUAGCCAUGGCUCCUCAGACACUAGCCCAAGGACAGCAGAGGCUACAGGGGGUGCCCACCCAGUUUGAGCCUCGCUUCAUGGAACGAGAGCUAGUUCCACCCUCGGAGAUGGUAUCUUCCGAAGCCAGGCAGAUGCACAUGGGGGGUCACCUGGGUCCGCCCAUGCCCCCACACCCUGGAAUUUCUGUCAGGGGCUUCCCUGGAGUUGGUUACAGUUUCAUGCCCUCAGAGCCCAUGGAGACAGUUGCCCGGCGACAGGAGCUCAUCCACAAGCAGAAUAUCGCCAGGAUGGAGAUGAAUGCCAUCCUCCACCAGAAGGAGAUGGAGAACGCCCAUCAGAAGGGUCUGAUGGGUAUGGAUGCGCCUGUGAUGUACCAGUCCAACGCUAUGGCUCUCCGGGGGCGCCAGCGCCUCCCAGACGGCCACGACUUCUUCGUCCACCGUACCACCCUGGAGGAAAUGCAGACCAACAACCUCCUGAUGUCCUCCAGCCCCUAUCCACCAAUCAGCACACUGCAGAGGGAGAGGGGCCGCAGGGCUGGUCGCAGGGCAACUAAUCACAAGAGCGCAGAGAGCCAUGCGUCUGGCCCCAAGGGCCAAUCGGAGGACAAGAGCGUGGAGCAGAGUCCCGGGGGUGCCUCUGGAGAUGAGAAAGAGGCAGAGGGGAAAAUGGACAUGGGAGGGGAGGCAGUCAGCAAACAACAUCAAAUCAAAAUGGACACAGAGCUCUUGUCGAAUGGCAGAAAGAGCUACAAGGAGGCGGCGCAGGGCCUGCGCAAAGCCUGCAUGAUCAGUCAAGACGGCUGCCCUGAUGUCACCAACUGCAACAGCGGCACCAGCGACAAAGACAGGCCCAGUCAAUGCUCUGCGUUCCAGUAUCCCUCCGCCAGUGGACCUAUCCCAGGCAUGCCUUACAUGUUCCCUCCUGGGCCACCCAAUCUCUUUCUCAACGGACAAGAUAUGUCCUCUGUUGAAGACCUUAGGAAGUGGACAGUGGAUGACGUGUACAUCUUCAUCAAAAACAUGCCCAGCUGCUCUGAAUAUGCUCAGACGUUCAAGGACCACAUGAUAGAUGGCGAGACAUUGCCAUUCCUGACAGAAGACCAUCUACUGGACACAAUGGGACUAAAGCUGGGCCCGGCACUCAAGAUACGAUCACAGGUCUCGAGCCGGCGAGGCAGCAUGUUCUACAUGAUGAGCCUCCCACUCUCCGCUGCCGCCGCCCUACAGGCCACCCCUGAGAAGGCAGCAGGAGACAGAUCGUCAGAGAUCAGCUCCCCUGUAUACUGUAACAGUGUGGAGAUGAUGGGCAGCCCCUGUACCAGAGACCCAAAAGGCCGGAAACCCACAGACCCCCUCCCAGAGACUGACAACCCCUCUCCCCACUCGGCCAGCAGUGAAACUGCCUGAGGCAUCAGUGAGGGAGGUACGAGUCCUCGGGCCAGUGACUCAGUUCCAAGUUGACCCCUAGCUCCUACCACAUACUGUACAUAUAGACACAAACCCCCUAAGGACUUAAUGUAGAUCUUUAAGCAUUGGAUGGGUAUAAGUAAUGGAUGCAUCUUGCCCUCUGAUCGGCUAGGUGGAAUGUUAAUUGCAUCUGUCCAACCCUUGGAAACAUUCAGAAGUGCAUAGGUAGUAGGAAGUAGGGGUCAAUUUGGAAUUCAGCAAGUGUUUCAGCCCUAAGAGCUGUUUUUAAGCCUUCAGGCUAUUGUGUUCAAAUCAAAUCAAAUUUGAUUUGUUACAUGCUGCCGAAUACAACAUGUAUUACAGUGAAAUGCUUACUUACAAGCCCUUAGCCAACAAUGCAGUUUUAAGAAAAUAC